AUGGCCGCCCCGUCGUCUCAGACCUCCUUCCACCCAGAGUAUGCCGACGCCGCGGGCGGUGACCGCCCCGCCGGCACUGUCGUCCUCGAAUCGCGCGACGGCGUGCUCUUCGCGGUCCCGCUCGCACUCCUCGCCAAGCGCUCGACCUUCUUCAAGGACCUCGCCGAGCUGCCCGUCGCCAACGACGACCCCAUCCCGCUGCUGUCCGCGUCGGCACCAGCCCUCAAGUUCGCGCUCGACUACCUCGUCAAGACGGACCCCAAGUUCCCGCCCGUGCCGAGCUGGGAUGUGGCCUUCCUCACCGACUGUGUGGACGUCGCGUUCGCGUACGGGCUGCACAUUGUCUUUCUCGCGCUCCUCGACGGGCUGCGCGAGAAUGACCCGUUCACGGGGUUCGCCCUCGAGUCACUCUUCAUGACCUGCUCGUACGGGCCUAUCAACCCGCCCGAGUACCGCAAUCUCCUGCACGACUGGGUCGACGAGCUGCUCGCGACGCCGCUGAGCACCAUGAGCGCGUGGUGCCGCAGUACACUCGAAACUCGCGCGCCGUACGCGCUCGACGCGCUUGAGCGGUUCUACGCGCGCCAAGCCGAAGCCGAGGCAGCGUUCGAGCGCGUCGACGAGGCAGCACUCCGCGCGCAGCAGCCAAACCUCGCAAGCGAGUGCGUGCACUGCAUCCUCGGGGACUGGGAGCGCGCGCACGCGCACUGGGUGUCCGGGGGCGUCGCGCUGGUCAAGGACUUGCCUGACGACGUGGGGCAGUUCGUCGCCCAGACGUAUGCCAAGAUCGAGUGCCCCGUCUGCCGGCGCAGAAUGAAGAAGUAUUUCGCGUUCCUGUGGACGUCGGAGGGCCCAAAGACAGAGUGGUACAAGUGGCCCUUGAUGCUCGGCGUCGAGGAGGGCUGGGACGACGACUGGGACGAGUUCCAUACCGACCUCUACGACGACCUGUCGUUCCUCAACGUCGACGACGACAUGUUCUACGAGGACGACGACUUCAACGAGGAAGACGACUUUAACGAGGACGAUGACUACGCCGACGACGACGGAGAGACGAUCGACACGAUUAGCUAUUGUGACACCGACUUCAACUAG